AUGAGUCCCAUGGACGGCGGAUCUCACAGCAUCCCGAGCGGGUGUUGGAGGUCCAACGUAUUCGGCGGCGACGGAUAUCUUGUUGCGUUACCCUCAACAGGUGGCGUCGUGUUCCUCAAAAACCCGUCGGCCGUAGAUCUUCAACAUCUCGGGCUACCGAACACGCACGAUACCGCGCGGGCGCCGGAUGAAGACGAUAACAUCGCCUCUCGUAUGGUCCAGCUUGGCGCACAGUGGUGGCCGAACUGGGAUUUGUACUUUCGGCAUAGGAGCAGAAUUGAUACCGGAAUUUUCUACGACUAUCAUUUCCCUUCGAAGGUACACGUUGCCUUCCCGACGACAGGAGGUGUGUGGGUAGCAAACUUCACGCAAGAUGCACUGCAGCAUCAGUACGAUGAAGAUAAAGUCUGUCAGCCUUGGCUUCCGCAUGCACCGGAUCUAUUCGAUGUUAGAAUGCGAUAUGCUUUGACCAUGGACGAUAAGUCUGAAGUGAUGAAGGAUAUGGGCGCUACGUUUUACAUAUCUGCCGAUGAGGUUCCUGGCCUCGCAAAGACUGUAGAUGCUGCCAUUAGCUUGUUCGAGCCGUUCAGGGAGCGAUUGGAACACAUGGAGGAUAGUGGCUAUAGGAGGCGACUUUGCACUGAUUACAUGUACGAGGAUGAGGAUGAGGAUGAGGGCACGGUGAAUGAGCAGCCUGACAGGCCGAGAUGGGGGAUAGGGUGGGUCUUUCAUGAAUUCCGUUAA